AUGCCGGAACUGAUUGGUGGAUACUUCUGCGAGUGCGUCCCUGGUUGGACAGGGCAGAACUGCGAAACCAAUAUAAACGACUGCAAGGACCAGUGCCAAAAUGGGGGAACUUGCAAGGACUUGGUAAACGGCUAUCGUUGCAUGUGCCCCCCUGGCUUCGCUGGCGAGCAUUGUGAGAGGGACAUCGACGAGUGUGCAAGCUCGCCAUGCCUGAACGGCGGGCGCUGUCAGGACGAAGUGAACGGCUUCCAGUGCUUGUGUCUGGCUGGCUUUUCAGGAAAUCUCUGCCAGCUGGAUAUCGAUUACUGCUCUCCCAACCCGUGUCAGAACGGAGCGCCCUGCUUCAACCUGGCCACAGACUACUACUGCGCUUGCCCGGAAGACUACGAGGGCAAAAACUGCUCUCACCUCAAAGACCACUGUCGCACCACGACUUGUAAAGUGAUUGAUAGCUGCACAGUUGCCGUGGCGUCGAACAGCACGCCGGGAGGAGAACGCUACAUUUCGUCAAAUGUGUGUGGACCUCACGGCCGCUGCCGGAGCCGCCGGGGCCAGUUCAGCUGCGAGUGCCAGGAGGGCUUCAGAGGCACCUACUGCCACGAGAAUAUCAACGACUGCGAGAGUAACCCAUGCCGCAAUGGAGGCACCUGCAUUGACAAAGUCAGCGUGUACCAGUGCAUCUGUGGCGACGGUUGGGAGGGCGACCACUGCGAGAUCAACAUCGAUGACUGUAGCACCAACCCCUGUCAUAAUGGAGGGACAUGUCGAGACCUGGUGACUGAUUUCUUCUGCGAGUGCAAGAAUGGCUGGAAGGGAAAGACAUGCCACUCCCGCGAAAGUCAGUGCGAUGAAGCCACUUGCAACAACGGAGGCACCUGCCACGACGAGGGCGACACGUUCCAGUGCAAGUGUUCCCCUGGGUGGGAGGGUACGACGUGUAACAUAGCCAAAAAUUCAAGUUGUCUUCCAAACCCGUGUGAGAAUGGAGGUACUUGUGUGGUGACAGGGGAGUCGUUUACCUGCGUCUGCAAGGAAGGCUGGGAGGGUCCCACGUGCACCCAGAAUACCAACGACUGCAGUCCACACCCAUGCUACAACAGCGGAACCUGCGUCGACGGGGAUAACUGGUACCGAUGCGAGUGUGCCCCAGGCUUCGCUGGUCCAGACUGUCGGAUCAAUAUUAAUGAGUGCCAGUCCUCUCCCUGUGCCUUUGGCUCCACCUGUGUGGAUGAGAUCAACGGCUAUCGCUGCCUGUGUUCACCAGACAGGACUGGACCCCACUGUCAAGAAGUGACAAGAAAACCUUGCUCUGUUAAUGGACACAUGACCGCUGAUGGAGUCAAAUGGGAGGAAGACUGCAACACUUGCCACUGUUCCAAUGGGAAGGUUGUUUGCACAAAGAUGUGGUGUGGCCCCAUGUCAUGCCACCUGGGUGCCAAAGGUCGAGGCGGGUGUCCUUCAGGCCAGAGCUGCAUCCCCAUCAGGGAAAACCACUGCUUUGUGAAGUCCUGCCUCAGCCUCGGAGAGUGCUGGCACUCCAACCCUCCCCCGCCUCCCACCAAAUGCCAUCCUAGCUCCAGUUAUCAGGACAACAGCUGCGCCAACAUCACCUUCACCUUCAACAAGGAGACCAUGCCUCGAAGCUUGACUGUGGAGGAUGUGUGUAAGCAGCUGAGGCGCUUGUACAUAGUGAAGAAUUUCUCCUUGGAGCAUUCUGUGUCCAUAACCUGUGACCCCUCAUUCUCAGCCAGCAACGAGAUCCACGUCUGCAUCUCUACCGAGGACCAUCUCUUGGAUCGGAGCCCCAUUAAAGAGAUCACAGACAGGAUAAUCGACCUGGUUAGCAAACGCAACGGGAAUAACACCAUCAUCACUUCCAUCGCAGAGGUGCGCGUGCCAAGCCCCAGCAAAACUGACUACCUAGUGCCCCUCCUCAGCUCCAUCUUCAUUGUCAUCUGGGUCCUUGUGCUGGUCUCCAUUUUGCUGUGGUGCAUGCGGCGCCGGCGGAAACAGAGCAACCACAAUGGGACGUCGGCCGCUGGCUCAGAGGACAACACAACCAACAAUGUACGGGAGCAGCUCAACCAGAUCAAGAACCCUAUAGAGAAGCAUGUGGGCCUCACGGUGGCCAUCAAAGACUACGAAAACAAGAACUCCAUCAUUGCCAAAAUAAGGACAAAUCAUCCCGAGGGGGAUGAGGACGACAAGGAGAGGCACUUACAGAAGGGCCGCUUUACCAAACAGCCAGCAUACACACUGGUGGAGAGGGACGAGAAGACGCCCAUCUCCACAUCCAAAAAUCCCAACUGGACUAAUAAACAGGACAACAGAGACUUGGAGACGGCAAACAGCAUAAACAGGGUGGACUACAUUGUAUAGCAGACAGCUGUGUUGCUGUGCAACCAAGCCUUAUGCCUUCACACCCCGGUGGUGGGUGAAACAGGGGAGCAUUGGCAUGUGUAGUUAGUAAACUGUCGUGUCAGUCGUGACCCCACAGUAUUUUCAGAUAUUCCCCGUGUUAAUUUAAGUUUUGACAAGCUGGCUUACACUGGCAGUGACGGUUGCUUUGGUUGGCUGGAAACACAAGGCACUGGUAUACAUUUCACUGUAGAACUAGUUGCAAAAGUGUCGUCCUCUGCAUUUCAUUUUGCUCUUUUUAUUUUAAUUUAGAUUUAGUGGACACAUGGAAGGGGCUCCUGAUGUAAUUGUUGUACAAUGACUAAAACUACCCGACGUGUUCGACACUAGAGCUAAUUAUUUUCAGUAUGUGGUUGAAUUCUGUUUGGAGAAAGUGCCUUUUCAGCUUUAGACUUCAGCAACUGUCAAAUGAGAAAAAAGAUCAACUUUAUUAUUUAUUUUGUUUUGGGGCGGGGGAGGGAAGGGUUCAAUGUCAGCAGUUGCUGCCAGUAUGAAGAAUUUAUGUCGAUUUAGAACAUGUAGAUAUGUACAUUUUUUUUUUUUUUUUUUAUUAAUCAUUGUGUAUAUUUGAUUUAUUAACUUAAUAAUCAAGAGCCUUAAGAUAUCAUUCCUUUUUAUUUAUAUGUUCUGUCUAGUUUGAAGGUUUUGAUAGCUGUGGAAGCCUACAAUUUCUUUCAAUUACUUUUUUCAACGCAUUCUAUAAAAGCCAAAUUUCAAAGAAAACAAAGGAUGGGCACUUUUCGCCUGAAAGAAAUGCUUUUGUUUUGUUUUUCCACACAUUUGACAUUUCAUUAUUUGUUGCCAGGACCUUGAUUGAAGGCAAGUGAGGUUAGGACAACAAAAGAUCCCGGCUGCUGAGAGGGACGGACAUGGUGGCAGACAUAUUGCUUGCCACUAAUGGAUUAAUACUUAAGGGAACAAAAACCCUUCAGCAGCUUCAGUUUAACCCAUUGACACAUUUCAAAGGUUGUCAAAAUCCACCAACUUGCAAGGCAAGUCACAUCAAUGACACGCCAGAAUUCCCAUCUGCUUUAGUCAGCAUAAUAUCAUAAGCUAGACAGUGAGUACUUGAACAGUAGGGGGGCAAUGGGAGCACUGUAGAAUCAGAUGAUAUACACUGCCUUUCUCUGCAAGAGUCUGCUUUCUGUGCACAUUUGUUUCUUUUUAAAAAAUGAGGCUCUUACAGACAAACAUGUUUUAUCUCAUUUAACCCUUUGAGAUCAUGGCAACAUUUUGUCCUUUUUGACUUUUGUGUUAUGAACUUGAGAAUUGUGUUGAUCUGGCAAUAUAUUUUUGAAAGUCAUAUUUAUUAAAUAUUUUGUAUGAAAAGAGAAUUAAAGUUGUCUUUGUUCUGGA